CUCCUCCAAAAUCAUAUUACACACGUAUUGUCCCUUGGGGUGAAUCCUGAAGAGGAAUUGUCUCCCGAAAUCACCGCGAAGAAAAUCGCACUUGAGGAUGUGACUGAAGCGAAGAUAGAGGACAUUUUAGACGAAGCUUGUCAAUUCAUUGAUGAAGGAACGAAAGGGGGCAAUAUGGUUCUAGUCCAUUGUCAAGCUGGCGGAUCCCGGUCCCCAGCAGUGGCUAUAAAUUAUCUACAUCGGCGCAAGGGGUUUUCUCUACCUUGUGCCUUCUUUUUUGUUUCCACAAGAAGACUGAUCAUGGAUCUCAAUGCAGGUUUC